AUGUAUAUUAUCUAUAACAAUGUUACUGAUGAAUACAGGUCGAUUCGUAGCUUGUAUAGGUCCUAUAUGCCUCCUAGGAAGCAGAGGAUCACAAAUGCGAUCAAAAACAAAAAAUAUGAUGAUAUAAAAUCGCUUCUAAAAAUACACUAUGUGAAAAAGGAUACUGUUUUGUGCAAUAUCUGUGGCUACACAUUCAAGGCCAGUUUCUUUGGAGGUCGAUCAAAAUUCUCAUGUCAACUUUGUAAUGGUACCUUCUGCGAGAAAUGUGAAUAUUCAAUUACAAUUGGUCCGGAUUACCCACGCGACAAUGGUAUAGCCGUAAAGUGUUGUAAAGACUGUUUCAGCUACUAUAAGAGUCUACAAAUCUCCCUUUGUGACAGCGAACCCAGUGAUCCAAAUUUGAUCAACGCAUUCAGGGCUUAUAAAAUCGUACUCAAAGUUUACAAGGAUAUGAACACCAAACUUUUACAGCUCCGGGGAUAUAUUAAACUACUCACCUUACACAACACACUGAAGGAACCAUUGCCACAAGGAACAAAACAAGAAGUAAUAACUCUACUUUCGCAGACUGCAAAUAGCAAAAAAAAACUCUCGGAAAUUAAAAACGAUUUGAGAAAUACGAGUGUCUCGGAUUCUUGUAGCAUUACCAUUCACAUUACACGAUCUCUAAAUACGUUGCUUACCACCAUUUUAUAUAAAAUUGUACCAGAAUUUAACAAGGUAACAAACAAGCUCAAAGAGCUGGAUAGUCAAAAUGCUAUGUAA